AUGGAUACCGCUUUACAACAAUGGUGGCCAGCAUUACUUGCCUAUUUUCGGAGGAAUACGACUUCCGAUAACGACCCCGCUAUUUCCCUUUAUCUUCUCAUUAAUUCCCCUCAAAAAUUCCCUUAUUAUCAUAAGCUAAAUCUUUUCAAUAUCGGAAUGUCAAGUAAAAUGUCUCGCAGUUCUCGUCGUCGUAAGCACGCAGUCUCUCAAUUAAACUUAAUGGUCGUGGGUUUUAGCUCUCUCGGUAAGACCUCCUUCAUCCGUAUGCUUUUCGACACACUUCGUCGCUUAAAAGAAGACAUAGAGCUCCCCGCUUCUUUAUCUAAAAGAGCCGAAACAGCGCAGGACGCAGAAGCAGCGCGAACGAAAGAAUUAUGUUCUUUCACUUUAGAUAUCGAAGAAGAGGGUGAAAAAAUUUCUUUAACCUUAGUCGAUUGUCCUGGCUUCGUAAGAGAUAAUGAACUCAGACUUGAUGUUCAAGUUACUGAAGAAACUAAAGUAAAACGUAACCCUAAAGCUCAAGACAGUCAGAUUCAUGCGUGUCUUUAUUUUAUUGAUAAUACAAACAAUGGUUUAACCGAUAAAGACAUUCGUAUUUUAAAAAGAUUAACUGCUCGUGUAAAUGUCAUUCCUAUCGUUGCAAAAGCUGAUUUACUUACGACAACUCAACUUGCCAAUUUAAAAAAGGCUAUCAAUCGAGACAUAAAGCAAUAUCAAAUCCCUACUCAAAUCCCAUUUUCUAUAAUUGCUCCUGAAGAUGCUGAGCUCAUCGAUCCAUCGACAAGUGAAAAAAUCUUAGGACGACAAUAUGCAUGGGGUGUUAUUGAUUGUUUAAACCCAAAACAUUGCGAUUUUGUUGUCCUAAGAAAUGUACUUUUAUCAAGUCACCGCAAGCUAUUCAAGGAUAUUACUUUGGAAUUAUUUUACGAACAAUACCGUACCGAACGAUUGAUGGCCAGAAAGGCGA